CAGAACAAAAUAGUAACGUAAGACAGAGAAGGCGGUCAGCAGGCCAUUUGGGGACUUAAUCUACUUCUUUCAACGGUUUUUUUUUUAACUGCGUUUACGGCAUUUUCCGUUUCUAUCAGGAUGGACUUUACUUUCAACUAACUGAGAACUUCCAGAACAUGUUGGAGAAAAGAGCAGCGGAGUUUCAGCUGGACGAGGAAGUCCGGGAGAAAACCGUGAAGGAACCAUUCGACAGCCAGUAUCGCUGCGGCGCUCUGCUCGGCAGCGGCGGUUUCGGUUCGGUGUUUUCAGGCCAGAGGCUUUGUGAUGGACUGCAGGUUGCCAUUAAACAGAUUUCCAGCGACCGAGUCCAGCAGUGGGCCCGACUGCCCGGCGAGGUUGGCCCCGUUCCCAUGGAGAUCGCUCUGCUGCAGCGACUGGCGGAGGUCGGGGGUCACGGCGGCGUGGUGCGCAUGCUGGACUGGUUCGAGGUGGAGGGGCGGGGCUUCCUGCUGGUGAUGGAGCGCCCGCCACACGGCCAGGAUCUGUUCGACUUCAUCACGGAGAGGGGAGCGCUCCCUGAACGCCUCACACUCAGGUUCUUCCGGCAGAUCGUGGAGGGGCUGCGCUUCCUGCACGCCCACGGCGUCGUGCACCGAGACAUCAAGGACGAGAACAUCGUGGUCGACACGCGGACGCUCGACGUCAAGAUCAUCGACUUUGGAUCCGGAGCUCCGCUCAAAGAGACGCCGUACAGCGAGUUCGAAGGUACGCUGGGUCUACAGCCCCCUGAGUGGAUCGUGUCCCAGGCCUACGAGGCCGUCCCUCUCACCGUCUGGUCUCUGGGCGUGCUGCUCUUCGACAUGGUGUGCGGCGACAUCCCGUUCGAGCGCGACCAGGAUAUCGUCGCCGCCGCGCCCGUUUUCACCCGACGGGUCUCUAAAGAAUGCCAGUCUCUAAUUCGAUGGUGCCUGUCGUACCGUCCAGAGGAGCGCCCAACCCUGGAGGAGAUCCUGUCCCACCCUUGGAUGGGGGGAGGCGAGGCAGAGGAGGAGGAGGAGGAGCACAGCUCUCUGCCCAGCCAGUCCCUGUGACGGGACAGACACACCAGCAGCCUUAAACUUAACCCUGAACACACCGGUGGCCUCCUGAUGGACAGACAUUAAACUUAACCCUGAACACACCAGUGGCCUCCUGAUGGACAGACAUUAAACUUAA